CCCAACUCCACUGCGUUCACGCAGCUCAGUCACAGCACCCCGACCUGUCACCCACGUUGGCCAUGAAUCGUGGGGCUGCUGAGGGACAACGUAGGCAGCAUUCACACCGAACAGAUGCGACUGGUGGGUGCGGCUGCUAUAGCGGGCGCGGCUGUGCGGCGACGGAAUGUUGCACUUUGGAACUAACGGCUCCGUCACUCCCGCAUUUCAAGGGACGCGGGGGCCUUCAGCCAUCGGACAUGGUCCCCGUUGGACCUUCUUGAACCUCCAUCGCCACCAAGGGCCAGCCGCGUCCUUUUGAGAUUGACAUGGAUUGUGCUGACAGGGGUGAGCUCGCCCCCAACCGCUAGUGCCAGACUCGUCACCUAGCUGAAAUCUUGGCCCGUUGCCUCACGGGACUCAGCUCAUGAAGUCUGAGAGGAGCAUCUGGCCGUGACCGCCGGUGAGAAUUGCCACGGGGCUUGAGGGCCGAGUAUCAAAUGGCGGAGAAGAGUUGUGGAGAUUAAGCUGAAUCUGAGGGGUAAUUGCCACAUCAGCACAGGUGACUGACUGGCUUCUGAGUUCUGACAAGUAUGACGAAGUGGCGAGGAGAGGGGAACAGCCGCGUGGAAGGAUAAUGGAAGAACUUGGCGGGUCAGAGUGACA